GUAGCUGAAGUGCCCAUAAGGAGGUUCUGCAGGAGCUGAGGUGUGUUGCAUGAGGUUCUGCAGCAUUGAGAUAUGCAUUAUUUUGUAGCUGAAGUGCCUAUAAGGAGGUUCUGCAGCAGCUGAGGUGUGUAUUGUGAGGUUCUGACUAGUCAUUCCCUUUACCAGUGAUGGUCUAUGAUGGAGCUGGUAUCUAUAUGACUGGCACCGAGUGUGCAAUCUCAUCAACACCGGAACCCUACGGGUACAAAUCUGACAAAACUCAAAGGGUAGUGGUAAAGGGGGAAGGAGGGGGAGGAGGGCACAGGAGGCCGAAAAGCAGAAGGAACUGAGUCUGAUGGCAGCUGUGAAACUCUGAAGACACUUCUUCCCGCUGAGACACCUGCCUACAAUCUCUGCCAACCCUGGACCCGACCAUCCAGAGAUAGAAGGAGAUCUGAGGGCAGGGAAACCCAGAACUGGGCACUAAUCUAUAGGGCUUCUACCUACCUCAUCCAGCCAAUGAUCAUCACUGACCCUGCAGACCACCAUCUACUGACCACUGUGUGAGCCAGGACCCCAGGAGCUGCAGUCAUCUAGAGAGCAUCUACCUACCUACCUCAUCCAGCCAAUGAUCAUCAAUGACCCUGCAGACCACUAUCUACUGACCACUGUGUGAGCCAGGACCCCAGGAGCUGCAGUCAUCUAGAGAGCAUCUACCUACCUACCUCAUCCAGCCAAUGAUCAUCAAUGACCCUGCAGACCACUAUCUACUGACCACUGUGUGAGCCAGGACCCCAGGAGCUGCAGUCAUCUAGAGAGCAUCUACCUACCUACCUCAUCCAGCCAAUGAUCAUCAAUGACCCUGCAGACCACUAUCUACUGACCACUGUGUGAGCCAGGACCCCAGGAGCUGCAGUCAUCUAGAGAGCAUCUACCUACCUACCUACCUACCUCAUCCAGCCAAUGAUCAUCAAUGACCCUGCAGACCACUAUCUACUGACCACUGUGUGAGCCAGGACCCCAGGAGCUGCAGUCAUCUAGAGAGCAUCUACCUACCUACCUCAUCCAGCCAAUGAUCAUCAAUGACCCUAAAGACCACCAUCUACUGACCAUGGUGUGAGCCAGGACCCCAGGAGCUGCAGUCAUCUAUGGGGGUUCUACCUACCUCAUUCAGCCAAUGAUCAUCAAUGACCCUGCAGACCAACAUCUACUGACCACGGUGUGAGCCAGGACCCCAGGAGCUGUAGUCAAGGUAAAAUGGCUGUAGGCCGGAUACUGAAGCAAGGGUCAACAUUGGGAAGUGUCCUUUUCCUGGCCAUGUUUGCCUGGAACAUACGAUUUGUUCUAUUCUUUGGCUCUGAAGGAAGCUCGGCCGCUCCUAACAAUGAGAUCACCGUACUGAUUUGGCAUUGGCCGUUCCUCAAGCCCAUGAACAUAUCAGGAGACGUCUGUCUCAACAUCUACAACAUCCAGGACUGUAGGUUGACGGACGACCGGAAGAUGUUCAACCGUAGCAAUGUCGUUGUGUUCCACCACAGAGAGCUGAACACCAGAGGUCACAAGAUGCCUGCUGGGCCUCGACCUCCUCAGCAGAUGUGGGUUUUGGCAACUCUAGAGUCUCCAUCCAAUACCAAAGGGCUUUGGAAAUGGAAUAACACCUUCAACUGGACAUUGACUUAUCACGAAGACUCGGACAUCUUCGCACCAUAUGGACAGAUGGUGCAUAAUCUGCCCAUGGCAUUGAAUGACACCGAGAAGACCGGUUUGGUCUCUUGGGUGGUGAGUAAUUACCGACACGUUCAAGAAAGGGUUAAGUUCUUCAAAAGGUUCUCUUUAUACCAAAAAGUGGACGUGUAUGGUAAAGCCAGCAGAAGACCUUUAUGUCCCUCGUGUCUUCUUUCAACCAUGUCCAAGUACCUCUUCUACCUGGCAUUGGAGAACUCCGUGCAUAAAGACUACAUCACAGAGAAGUUAUGGAGGAACGCCUUCCAUGUUGGUGCCGUCCCUAUAGUCCUUGGUCCACCACGGGAGAACUAUGAAAAGUUCAUACCGUCUGACUCCUUCAUCCACGUCUCAGACUUCCCAUCACCCAAACAUCUAUCAGACUUUAUAGGAACAAUCACCCCACAACGAUACAAAGAGUUCUUCCGCUGGAGACAAGACUAUGGCGUCAAACUGUACAACGACUGGAGAGAAAGAUUCUGCAUGAUCUGUGCCAAGUAUCCGAGUCUGAACAAGACCAAAGUCUACGCAGAUAUAGAGGGCUGGUAUAAUAGUGAAAAUGUACGGUGAGCGAUUACAAUUACAUAGGGGGAACAGUGCUGAGCCCUAAACUAUAACUACUAUAAUACUGCUCCUAUAUACAAGAUUACAACUAUAAUACUGCUCCUAUAUACAAGAAUAUAACUACUAUAAUACUGCUCCUAUAUACAAGAAUAUAACUACUAUAAUACUGCCCCUAUAUACAGGAAUAUAACUACUAUAAUACUGCUCCUAUAUACAAGAAUAUAACUACUAUAAUACUGCUCCUAUAUACAAGAAUAUAACUACUAUAAUACUG